AUGACUGAAUCAGGUAUAACUUAUGAUAAUUUAGUAAGUAAAGCGAAAGGAAUAUUAUGAGAAUGCUUACUGAUGAUUUAGGCUGCUUCGUUAUUAAAUGAUAUGAUAAACAAUAUAAUUAAAAAUGAAGUAUUACUUAAUUUAUCAAACCACUUGUCCAUUGAAAAACAAAUUGGUGAUAAUAAAGAGAAUAACAAUUUUAAAUUUCAAGAAACUGACUCUUCAAAAGACAUAUAUGGUCAAGAUAAGAUGAAAUUGAAAACUGUUGAAAGUGGUAGGUAUUUUAGUUGUGAAAAUUGUGGACGGAAAAUUGCUGGUGGUAGAUUUGCUCAACAUAUUAACAAAUGUUUAGAACGGAAAAGAAAAUGA